UGCUUUCAGUUCGCGCGCGUCGCGUGUGUUUUAAUCGCGCCGCAUCGCUCGCGGAGUAGUCUUGAUUUUAGGCUGGGUCUUAAAUUCAAAAGUGUCCUCCUCCCUUGAAGCCGUUUAGAAGAAGGGUGGGGUUGCUGCUCGGGGGUGUGUGCUGCCCCGACGGUUUAAAUCCUACACAUGCGUACUGAAUUUCGGGGUUCAAGGGAAUACGCCAUAUUGAAAACACUGUAUAGUUUAGCUAACAUUUUAUUGCUAGCGGGGAAAAGAGCCACUGAUUGACUCGCGUCGGUGUGGCGUUCGGCACUUCGUUAUUUUCCCUGUCGUUUCUCGCAUCCCCGUUUACAGGCUCGUUCUCGCGGUCCGGACUCAAACUUCUCCGCUGAACGGGGGAAAGGCGUCCGUUUGUUUGACAGGGUGUUAGAAAGACGGGUUGAAUGGAUCCGAGGGUCGCUUGGAUUCAGCCGGAACAGAAAGGUCCCGCGAACGCGUUAUGGAUGCGUGUGUGGGAGACGUCUCAGGUCAACCGGACUAACACGGGUCAGCACCAGAACCACCACCACAACAACCUCUGUGUCAACUCCCCGGCGUUUGACGGAUAUAAGACUGUAACGUUAGCGUCCAACGCGAAUAACGGCACUAACAUUAAAAGCAGCGGCUCUGCGGCUCACGCGUUGAAUGGCAACACAAGAGACCCAGGAGAAAUGACCCACAAGACCUGCUCGGCGUCGGACUCGGCGUCCAGCUGCUCUAAAAUAAGGACUACAAGCACUAAUACGGUCGCUGGGAAUAUGAACAAGGGGCAUGCGUUUUUUACUUGUAGCGAGAGCGUAUUGAAUAAUGUCAACCAUCAUCAUCAUCACCCUCCUCAUCCUCAUGUACGGCAUCAACAUCAAGAGCAGCAGCAGAGUUGCAUGAAGCGGCACCCGUCCCAUCCAGCAGCGGUUCACGGCCACCAUCACCACCACCAUCAUCAUCCGGGCCGGAGGAAAACCGACAACAAGGCCAGCACCUAUGGGAUAAACUACCUGCUCUCCAACUGGGCUAACGGCAAUUAUGACAACACCGGCACGCCGUGGAAGACGAGGAAAUAUAACCCAGGGGUGGACGGGCUGCAUGAAGAAAUCAUGGACUUCUACAAUUUCAUGUCUCCUCGUCCUCAGGAGACCACCAUGAGACAGGAGGUGGUGGACAGGAUAGAGUCGGUCAUUAAGGAGUUGUGGCCAACCGCUCAUGUCCAGAUUUUUGGCAGCUUUAGCACUGGACUCUUUCUCCCAACCAGUGACAUUGACCUGGUGGUGUUUGGGAAAUGGGAGAAACCUCCCCUGCAGCAGCUGGAGCAGGCGCUCCGAAAACACAAUGUGGCAGAACCAUAUUCCAUCAAAGUCCUGGACAAAGCUACGGUACCAAUCAUCAAACUGACAGAUCAGGAGACCGAGGUGAAAGUGGACAUUAGUUUUAAUGUGGAGACGGGCAUCAAAGCUGCUAGCUUCAUCAAAGAAUAUGUGAAGAAGUAUACCGUGCUGCCUUAUUUAAUCUUAGUGCUGAAACAGUUCCUGCUGCAGCGAGACCUCAACGAAGUCUUCACGGGAGGAAUCAGCUCCUACAGUCUCAUCCUGAUGGUCAUCAGCUUCUUACAGUUGCACCCAAGGAUUGAUGCUAGGAAUCCCAACAUGAACCUUGGCAUUCUGCUCAUCGAGUUCUUUGAGCUGUAUGGAAGACACUUCAACUACCUGAAGACGGGCAUCAGGAUAAAGAACGGCGGCGCUUACAUGGCUAAAGAGGACAUCAUGAAGGCCAUGAGUAAUGGCUACAGGCCCUCCAUGCUCUGUAUCGAGGACCCUCUUCUUCCAGGUAAUGACGUGGGCAGAAGCUCUUACGGUGCCAUGCAGGUGAAGGAGGCUUUUGACUACGCCUAUAUAAUACUGGGUCAUGCUGUCUCACCUCUCGCACGUUCUUACCCCAACAAAGACGGUGACAGCACUUUGGGCCGCAUAAUUAAAGUCACCCAGGAAGUCAUCGACUACAGGGAGUGGAUCAUAAAGAAGUGGGGUGGCAGACACAACGCCCGCAUUGAGAGGAAUCCAGGUGCACCUCAUAAAGACUCAGUGGAGCAGGUGGAGACGGGCACACUGCUGGGUGUAGGUGUGGAGGAGCAGCAGCAGAGGGACUCAGUGUCUCCUCACAGCGCAGACUCUCCCAUGUCCCUCUCCAGCCCUCAGCAGCACUCCUCCGCCUCUUCUGCGUCCUCUCUGUCUGGCAGUGACAUCGACUCUGACACCACCCCGUAUGUGGCGCCACCUGUAGUCACCUUCCCUCUUCAGUUCCUGGCACCCGGUCCCCUGCCAGGAGCGCUUCAGAUGGGCUCGGGCAAAGCCAGCAUCACGGCAGCACUCUCCAUGCCUCCGGUCACCCAGGCGAGAGUGUCAAUCCCAGGCAAUAUUUCUUUCCACGCUCUACCUGGCAGACAGGUGUGUAUGGCAAAUGGACUACCCCCAUACCUCCACAUGCCCCCCCCUGCAGUCCCCCCAGCUCCCCCCAGCCCUCUACCCAGUCCCCACCACCAUCCCAAGACGAGUCCCAAGUUUCCUCUGAAGGGCUUCCACAAUCCCGCCGUGGUGCACAGUCCUGUCCUUUCCAACCGAAGCCACAUCCAGAACAACCGCAACACCUGGCGCCGCAGGAAGAAGGAGAGUCAGCCGGUCAGCGUCAGCAGAUAAAGACCUCGUGCCUCCUCUCCUCUCCACUCCUCCCCUCCUCUUCCUCUUCCUCUCCUCCGGUCCCAUCUCAAGACGAUGAGAACUCAUUGAGCCCUCCUACUGAUGGUGUGAGCACAGAGAGACCAGCGUUUGCCACCCAGCUCCUCGUUCAGUAGUUGUGGUGAUGGUGGUGCUAAGUAGUUCAGUCUGCCACUGAAUCUCUGCAUGUGUAUGUGUUGUUUUUGUUUUUUCUGACCUGUGCAAUCUUCCUGAAGAAGCUUCAAGAACAGGAACUGUUUUUUUUUGUUUUGUUUUGUUUGGGUUAUUUUGGUCGUCUACUCCACAACGUCCUGGUUGACUGGUGAAAAGUUCCUUUCUGUGUAUGUUUGUGUGUGUGUGUGUGUUUCAUGCUCCUUUGUUUUCCUGUCCUCACAUUUUCAUCUAAACAUGACACCCUUCACAAGGUGGGACGAACUGGAUUCAGAGGAUUUCAAGUGUUUGUUGUAUCUGGGUGUGUGUGUGUAACGCUGGCUUCGAAUCCUGCACUCAACGUGCUUCCAGAGAUCCCCACUGUAUUGACUGUUCACAUCACGCAUCCUUUACUAUUUGUUUUGUGCAAUACUGUUUUGUUCACUCUGGAAACAUGUUUAAUUAUUUUUAUUCAUUUUUUUUGGGGGGGGGGGGGGGGGGGUUCUGUUUGUUUGUCCGUUUUGUAAGAAUGUUUUUAUUUUUGUAAUGGUUUUUAAUUUUGUUCAUCGUUUACAGAUCCUGUCAGACUGUUUUAAAACUGUUUUUGAGAAUUUAUAUUCCCUCUUCCUCUGCCUUUCUCGGCAUAAAUUGCACUGCAGGUGCCGCCAUUUCCCGCUUUGUGUUGAGCUUCAGAAACUCGUCUGUUGCUUUUAUUCUCUCGUUCGUCUUGUGUGGGAUCAAGGCUUUAGGUCUUUGAUUUAACAGACUGAGAACCGAUAGACAUGGAAAAACGCUUAAGCCCUUAGUCUGAACGCGCUUUCAUUUAUAUGUGUGUCUGUCCUUUUUAAAUCGCUUUAGGUAAGUGUGAGGCGUGAAUUAUUUUAGGGAAGCUCUAAUGAACGUGCGAGCAGACUCCAGAUCAGUGCAGCUUUAUGCAAGGUGCCCUAGUCGGACCUUUUCGAGUUCUGAACGGGCGUCUGAAUCAGAUUAGUGGAGAAAGGGAAUUUAUUUUGAUUCCUUUUUGGAAUCUUGACAUGCAUUUAUUGCCAGGUACAUGCCCUAAUAUAUGCCUUUUGGUAAUUACCUAUUCCUGUACUGUAUUGUAUUGUUUGUUUUCUGGGUGGGGGGGGGGGGGGGGGGGUUCUGUUUGUAUAUGGCACACUAAAACUGUAUUGCUGUUGCUCAGAAGGUCACAGUCAUACAGAUUAUUGUUACUAUGCAAGUGGAGUUUUGGAAAUCUCUCUUCCUGUGUCCCUCAUGACAGUGGUUUGCUUGUAAAUCUUGUGGAAGACUCAACACAAAGUUACACAUGAACGGUUCCUGUAUGCAAGUUCAGUCUGUGUUAAUGGAGGAAGAUCAGCCGGCCGUCUUGUCUGGAGAUUUUGCAGAGCAGAUAUUUCCUCCUGGAGAUCAACGGGACUAUUUUACUGCUGUUACAACGCUUAAACCACGUCUUGCAACCUGAAUGACUUUGAUUGCCACAAACUUACGUGACGUUUUUUACAAAGUCAUAUCUGAAACAGAGACUACGGAUUGUCCUUGAAACUCUUGACUCACCUGCUUAUCAAUGCAAUAGGGCAAAUGUAACUAAUAGCAGUUUCUGCUUUAGAUAGAACCAGCAUCUUUUGCAAAAUGGGUCGGACAUUGAGGCAACUCUCCCUCUCCUUCGGUUCACAUAAGGACCUACUUUACAGGUGAUUUGUCUGAAUGAAAACGAGUGAAUCUGUGAGGGUGUUUUGGAAAGUUAAAGUGUUUCACUCUGUAAUGGUUUGACAAUUGUGGUGAUGUACUUGCUUGAUACAGUGUGACACUCCUCAUUGAAUCUCGAUGGAUUUUAAACGUAACCCCUUUUUUUUUUUUUUUUUUUUUUUUUUGCUGACGUCUGUUAUGUCACAGUGGCCAAAAGUACUCCUUGUCAAUCCUUAUACUGAAAGCCCACAGUGUGGCCGCCCAGCAUCCAAGAGAUCAGACAGAGGAACUGUUUUUUUUUUUUCUUCAAUAUUUUUAUGUAUUUUUUUUUUUCUAUUUUAUUUUUUAAAUAAACAUCUUAAAACCA